UAUCAUUCAAGGAACAUUCGCAAUGAUAACCGGUUGCUCCAGUACUGAUAAAUAUACAUUCGUGCAUAAUUUGUAUCGUGGCGGCCUAUUCACUAAUCCUCCAAUACUGCUGAAUUCCUAUUUUUUUAAACGUGAAUUAUCUAAACAAAAAGUGGUAGAAGUUAAAUUAAUAUAGUAGUAACAGAGCUUUUACGACUAUAUGUAUGUAAAUGUAGUUUGGUUUUUACUUUUUUUUCACUAAACGUGAAUCACCGGCAUGUUCGUUAUUCGUUAGCACGAAUGCGGUACCCACAAACGGUGGCCGAUGAAAACCAAUGACGGGGAAGAACCCAUCUCAAAUGGCGAUUCCAAUUAACACGAUGAACCACGAGUGAAUAUACUGAAGUUCAUUUUAAAUCGUACACUUGAUCGGAACAGUUGUGAAUUGCGCAGAAAGUUUCAGACAUAGUUAUAGACAUAUAAAAAAUCAAUAAGUAAAUAGUCCAACAGUAAAACUAUUGUAUAUUUGUAUAUACCUCGAAAUAUGUUUAUCAACAUAUAUUCAUGUUGUUAGUGCAACAAGUGCUGCGGUUGCGAUAACUCGAAAUAAAAAGUGAUUAAGCGCGAACGUCGAUCACACCACAUGGUCGUAUUGUAAUUAUAUUAAAAAGAAGUUUGAAGAAAAGCAUUCCUAUAAAUUUUUCAAAAAAAGAUAAUAGAACUAAAAAGUCAAAAUGAUUAACGAAUAUAUUGACAUGGACACGCAUAGUAUUCGAUGCGUGAGCGAAUCAUCAAACGCAAGCACAAGUGGAUAUUCAACUAUGUCACCAGGCCCUGUUAAUACGCAAUCAACACCGCCUUCACCUUCACAAUCUCCAUCGACUUUAUUACAGUCGGAAUUUUCAAAUUUAAACUUGCCCUCUAGCUCGCCGCAUAACCAACUAUCUUAUGCCACAUUGCAAAAUGCAACUCUGGUAUACAACCAAAGUGUUCAUCCCUCGACAGCAGCAAAUAACUACAUAAAUUACAACAUGCCAGUUACCGGAAUCUCUUCAGCUAUGGUUACAUUACCACAACAUCAGUAUGGUGGACUGCAUCCACAAAUAUUGUCAAAUAUUACGCCCACAAUGACAACUUUAUCACAUGGAAAAUAUCCUGCGGAAUUGCGCAUACUAGAACAUCCAGUUGAAAAGUUUCGUUUUCGUUACAAAUCGGAAAUGCAUGGAACGCAUGGCUCACUGAAUGGCGCCAAUUCAAAACGUACUCCCAAAACAUUUCCCGAGGUAGAAUUGUACAAUUUCAAUGGUAAAGCGGUUAUACGGUGUAGUCUUUUCCAAACAAAUCUUGAAAGUCCACACUCGCAUCAGUUGGUUGUGCGAAAAGAUGACACAGACAUUUGUGACCCACAUAAUUUAAUUGUUUCACCUGACCGCGGCUAUGUAGCACAAUUCCAAAAUAUGGGUAUAAUACACACUGCAAAAAAGUUUAUAUUCGAUGAGUUGUUGAAGAAAAAAAUGGAUCGUCUGAAGUUUGAAUUAGGCAGGAAUGAAUUAACAACAAAGGAGGUUCAGGAAUUGCACAAAGAGACAGAAAAAGAGUCUAAGGAAAUGAAUCUAAAUCAGGUCCGCUUAUGUUUCGAAGCAUUCAAAGUAGAGGAUGAUGGCUUGACGUACACUCGCAUAGCUGCUCCUGUCUACACAAACCCCAUCAAUAAUCGAAAAUCUGCUCAAACUGGUGAACUCCGCAUAUGUCGUCUCAGCAUUGCCACCGGAAGCGUGUCUGGAGGAGAUGACCUUAUUUUGCUGGUGGAAAAAGUAAGCAAGAAAAAUAUAAAAGUACGUUUCUACGAAUUCAACGAUGAUGAUGAUCUUGUUUGGGAAGCAUAUGGAAAAUUCCGUGAAUCUGAUGUGCACCAUCAGUAUGCGAUCGUUUGUCAGACACCUCCAUAUAAAGACAAAGACAUAGAUAGAACUGUAGAUGUCAACAUAGAAUUGGUGCGUCCUUCAGAUGAUGAACGUAGUUUCCCGCCGGUAACUUUCCGAUACAAACCACGCGAUGUUGUUGUGUCACGUAAGCGUCGUCGAACCUGUUCUAGUGCCACGAGUAGCUCCGGCUCAGGCAGUUCUCUAAGUUCGUUUGAAUUGCCAAAACCAGUGCAGGAACAAACGGCUAACAUGAAAAUGGAAGCACAACCCCAAAUGCAAUAUACAGACCUGGGAGGUGCUUAUGGCUCGAACCAGCCAACCAUCAGUGAGGAAUACGAUAAAAAUUUACAAAUCAGCAAAUUAAUUGGCAGCGAAAUAUUCAAGGAGUAUAUGCAUAUGAACUCCGAGGAGUUGGCUAAAAUUUGCCCAACAGAUUCAGUAGAAAAUAUAUCUGGUAUAGGUAUUUAUGAUGAACUUUCAACCGGUACACUUGUAGAGGAUGGUACGUCCUCGACAUCUUUGACAAACCGCCAACUUUCCAGUGAUAUGCGCAAACUUUAUAGAAAAUCUAUAUUAGGAACUCCUGUGGAUGUGCAAAUAAAUAGUUAUUUACAGCGUAUUUUUAAAAUAUUCGAUGAAAUACGAACCGCAAGGAAUUUGAGUGAAGAUCAGCUGGCCAAAGCAGCUAAAGAAGUCGAUGAUAUAUUUACCGAACAUUCGGAAAGAAAUGAAUUACGUGAGAGCAUUCUACACGAGGUUAUUGUUAGCGACAAUCCGAAACUAGUAAUUAAAACCUGUUCUGUAUUGGAAUACUUCAAGCUAAAACAUCUUUUUAGCAAAGUACUAAAUGCACGCAGUGAGAGCGCAUUGCAUACAGCGUGUCUUUACAAUCGUGUUAAAUACAUUCGACCACUUUUAGGUCUCGGCUGCGAUCCAAAUAUUCAAAAUAGCGAUGGAGAUACAGCGCUUCACAUUGCUGUUAAGGAACACCACCAGAAUUGCAUUGACAGUUUUCUCAAUCGCGAUGUAACGCUUGAUUUGACAAUUAAGAACGACGAAGGUUUCACACCUUUACAUUUAGCCAUUCGGCAAAAAAAUUAUGAUGUGGCAAAGAAGUUGUUGCAGCACGAUCGACGUGCGGCGCUUGUACCGAAUGCAAAAGAACGCAAUAAUGCCUUGCAUAUGGCCGUAUUGCAGUCAAAUUUUGAAUUUGUGAAAUUAAUACUGGAUACAACAACACAAAAUGUAGCCGAACUUAUGCGAGCAUCUAAUGCAGCUGGGCGUACUGUUGGCGAUUUGGCCAGAGAACUGAAGUCAAAAGUGGGAAAUCAAAUCAUAACAUACUUCGCUUCGUUAGGUUAUAAUACCAACGCUAGCGAUCAUUUGGUUAUUAAAGAAGAGGAGAUAUCUUCCUCCUCAACUGAAGAAGAUGAAGAUACUGAAACUGCACAAUCAGAGACGAAUAUGUCUGAUAAAAUCAAAGAUAUAGGCAAAAUAAGAAUUAAGGAAGAAUUCGUAGGCAUGGGGCUGGACGAUGCAGACAAGUGUGAAGUAGCGAAAAGUCAACCAAGUACUUUUGAUGGAUUAUUGUGUGAUGAACGCAAGUAUCGAAAUCUUGUAAAUGCCUUAAAUGUACAGGAUAAAUGGAAGAGAUUGGCGGUGCCAUGCAAAAUGCAACAUUUACUUUGCUUGUGGACUAAUGCCGACGAUAUGUUGGAUUAUAUGCGCAAAAACAUUGAAUACGACACGUUUGUGUCGGCGUUAGAGCUCGUAGAUAAACAGACAUUAAAGUUGCUGCAAGGUACAUAUCAUGAGGCACAAAUCAUCGAUGGUAAGGCAAUAGCCGAUAAGAUUAAAACCGAGCUCAAAAAAGACAUCGCCGAUUAUAUCGCGCAAGGGAAUCGUGCACCUACGCUCUCCGCCAUUUUAGUUGGCAGCGAUCCAGCCAGUCAGAUAUAUGUGAAAAAUAAGAUGCUGGCCGCCAAAAACGUUGGCAUCAAUAGCAACACAAUCGAAUUGCCCGAAAUCACAACACAGGAAGAACUCUUAAAUUGCAUCAAAAAGUUGAAUAAUGAUACGGGUGUUGAUGGCAUACUAGUACAAUUACCCGUGCCUAAUCACAUAGACGAACGUACCAUUUGUAAUGCAGUGGCUCCAUCGAAAGACGUUGAUGGCUUCAAUGAGAUCAAUGUUGGUCGCUUGGCACUCGACAUGAAGAGUAUCGUACCGGCAACACCAUUAGGUGUGUACGAGUUGUUGCGACGCUCUGAAAUACCCACUUUUGGUAAGAAUGUAGUGGUGAUUGGACGUUCCAAGAAUGUUGGCAUGCCAACGGCAAUGCUCUUACACACAGAUGGGCGUCAUGAAACGGAGGGCAUGGACGCCACUGUAACCAUUUGUCAUCGCAAUACGCCACCCGAGCAACUCAAGAAACAUUGUCAGGGGGCAGAUAUAAUAGUCACAGCCGUCGGCAAACCGAGACUUGUGCAGCGUGACAUGGUAAAGCCUGGUGCGUGCAUUAUCGAUAUUGGUAUAACACGCAUACAGGAUCAAGAGACGGGUAAAACUAAACUUGUCGGUGAUGUCGAUUUUGAAGAAGUGCGUAAAGUGGCAGGCCACAUAACACCAGUACCUGGCGGUGUUGGACCCAUGACAGUAGCCAUGUUGAUGAGCAACACCUUCACUGUUGCCAAGCAACUUGCUAAAACAAGGCAUACCAAUGCUUUCAACGGCAAUUAAGAAGCUGGGAAUUAAAAAUCUACAGAUGUAUUUUAAAUUAUAAUUUUAUUACCAUAGUAUUUUUUCAUAUAAAUUGUACAUGUCUCCAUAAUGUAUUGUACUAGUAUAACCAAUGUAGAAGGAAUUUCUACAUACAAAAAUAUGUACAACAACAACAUUUCCUGAACGAAUACUACUUCUAUGUAAGCUACAAAAUUUUGCCAUAAGACUAUCCCCAUGACAUUCUAAGAAAUUAAAGUAACAAAAUGUUACCCGAAAACGUAAA